AUGAUGUCCUUGUUGGUUCUGGAUGUGAUGACCAUUACUUGUGUUUUCACUUCUGCACUACAAUUUGACAGUGCAAAGGUUUUUCGCGUAAAACCACAAAAUGAAAAGGAAGUAAGCGUAAUGAAAUCCUUGCCAAGCCUUGUACAGGUUGAUUUUUGGUAUCCAGAUUCAGCACUGCAUAUAGUCAAACAGAUGGAAGUAGAUUUCCAUGUCAGUGCUGCACAGAGUAAUACUGUUGAGAGACUCUUGAAACAGAAUGGAAUAUCUUAUCAAAUAAUAUUUGACAACCUACAAGAAGACAUUGAAAAGCAGCUUGAUGGUGACAAGAAUGAUGGAUACAGCUAUGAAAAGUAUAAUGAAUGGGACAAGAUUUCUGAUUGGACUGCCAGAAUUGCAAAAAGCAACUCAACAUUGGUUUCCCGUAUUCAGAUUGGAAAGACAUUUGAAAAUCGACCCAUCUUCCUUCUUCAGAUUGGAAAGAAAAGUGGAGAAGGAAAUGCCAUCUUCAUGGAUUGUGGUGUUCACGCACGAGAGUGGAUUUCUCCUGCCUUUUGUCAGUGGUUUGUGAAAGAGGCCAUCAGCACCUAUGGAAAAGACAGGGACAUGACGCACAUACUUGAUAACAUGAAUUUCUACAUCGUUCCUAUAGUUAAUAUAGAUGGCUAUGUCUGGAGCUGGACUCAGAAUCGUUUUUGGAGAAAGAAUCGUUCUAAUACAUUUCAGAAUAACUGCACUGGUGUUGACAUCAAUAGGAACUUUGAUGUUGCAUGGAAUACUGCUGAUUCUUCCAAAAAUCCCUGUGAAGAAACAUAUUGUGGAUCUGCACCAGAAUCUGAACCAGAAACUAAAGCAGUUGCUUCAUUCAUCCGCAGCCAUCUUCCUUCAAUCAAGGGCUACCUCACCAUGCAUUCCUACUCUCAGAUGAUAUUGUUCCCUUUUGGUUAUACCUAUGAGAAGACAGCAAAUUAUAAUGAAUUGAAUGAACUUGCAAAAAGAGCUGUCAAAGCUAUAGCCAGCCUUUAUGGUAAAGUGUAUAAGUAUGGAACAUCCGCAUCUACUAUCUAUCUUUCCUCUGGUUGUUCCGAUGACUGGGUAUUCAACCAGGGAAUCAAAUAUUCCUUCACCUUUGAGCUUCGUGAUAAAGGCAAAUAUGGAUUCCUUCUCCCUGAAUCCCAGAUCAAGCCAACUUGCCAGGAGAUCAUGCUAGCAGUCAAGUUAAUCACCAGUUACAUCCUCAACAAGACGUUAUAA